AUGGCCGCCGAAUAUGCCACGACAAGGCGCCAAAAGAAGCGCCUCAUAGUUUGCUGCGACGGAACCUGGAUGAACAGCGACUACGGAUUCUCAAAAUCGAGCCCCUUUUCUAAAAAGGGAACCUUGCAGGUGCCCUCCAAUGUCACGCGUAUAUCGCGAUGUUUCAAGCGCCGCUGCGCAGACGGCACCCUGCAAAUUAUUUCCUAUGAGUCGGGAGUCGGCAGUGGCAGCAAUACGCUUGAUAGCAUCACCGGCGGAGCGUUUGGGACUGGCCUUGCCGAGCGUGUCCGCGAGGUGUACGCGUAUUUGUGCGCCAACUACAUGGAUGGCGAUGAGAUAUUUCUAGUCGGCUUCUCAAGGGGCGCCUUCACCGCGAGAUCUGUCUCUGGCAUGAUUGCAAAUUUGGGCCUGUUGACCAGAGAGGGCGUCGAGCACUUCUACCCUAUUUUCAAGGACAUGCAAAACUGGGAGAACGAGGACUAUGUCGACCCCUUUCCCAGUGUGCCGUUCCGAGACAAACCCAAAGGUGCCCACGCUGACGUCGAGUAUCGAGCUCGGCUUGAGAAGAUGGGGUACACUCGCGUCUAUCAAAAGAACAACAACCUCAUCAAAGUCAAGGGCGCACUGGCACUUGACGAGACUCGUACACCCUUCAGUCCUGCAGUUUGGGAGCGUCCUCGGCGUGAGGGACUACGCACGGUAGAUUUGCGGCAGGUGUGGUUUCCUGGGAACCAUGGAAACUGCGGUGGUGGAUGGGACGACCAGGGCAUCGCUAAUGCUACAUUAGCCUGGAUGAUGGAUCAAAUGACCAGCAUCGGCGUCGAGUUUGACACGCCAUCACUAAAACGAGUAGUUGAGCAAACGUCUGAUUUCUAUGAGUCGCCCGAGGCACACAACCAGAAGAAAGACCGGAGCAAGCUCAAGCAAUGGGCCGUUGAUCCAAUUUACGACAGCAACAAGCCGCUCAGGCCGUGGGCUCUGGGGUCCAUCCAAAAAGUGGGUGGUGUUUUUUACGCCCUAUCCGGAGAUACGAUUAGAACUCCAGGCAUGUACAAGCAAGUUGAUCCAAAAACAUCGGCAUGCCGAGAAAGUUACCUGCAGGAUACAAACGAGAAAGUACACAGCUCUGUGCGAGUGCGGCUAGCAUGCGAAGGUUUGGGUCUCAAUGACGAAUCCGUAUGGACAUGCCAGGCCCUUUCGGACUGGAAGCUGAAGCGGGCCAUCUUUGAAUAUGAUGAAGAGGUUCAUCACUACAAACCAUAUGAUCGGUACCGCGACCGGCCGUCUCGUGAAGGCUGGAUCUGGAAAUAUGUUGGCAGUGAGAAGAACGCACCAGGCCAAAGAAUUAUGCCCGAAGAGCCUCUGGGCCCGUAUGAGCGAUAUGUAUUGGAAUUAUCGGGUGGAAGCCCAAAUGUGUACGAUUAUGCCGAUAGAAGAGCAAACAGGAGCAAGAGAAGGAGCAGAUCUGAGCGAUCACGGAAGACGUUAAGGGGGGCGUCGCAUACUUACUAA